AUGCAUCCAGAUCCUCGGCCCUUACAGACACUGCUGUAUGUUGUUACUCUUGCGAUUCUGUGUCCUUCCGUGAAUUCAGACUUGGCACCGUCUUUUAUUUCUGAGCCACUGUCUGCUGUCCAGAGACUUGGUGGACCCGUAGUACUCCAUUGUUCUGCUAAGCCUGUGACCGCUCAUAUCUCAUGGUUGCAUAAUGGAAAAAGACUGGAUAGAAACAUGGAACAGAUUAAGAUGCAUCAGGGGACUUUGACUAUUCUGUCCCUUAAUCCCUCCCUUUCGGGUUCCUACCAAUGCGUUGCCAACAAUAGCAUCGGGGCAAUUGUGAGCGGCCCUGCAACAGUAUCUACUGCUGUUCUUGGUGAUUUUGGCUCACCAACAAAGCAGGUUAUUACAGCGGAAGAAAAAAGUACCGGUUUCAUUGGCUGCAAAGUACCAGAUAGUAACCCCAAAGCGGAGGUGCGCUAUAAAAUCCGGGGAAAGUGGCUGAAACAUUCCACAGAGAAGUACUUAAUCCUUCCAUCAGGGAAUCUUCAGAUUCUGAAUGUAUCUUCAAAGGACAAGGGAUCAUAUAAGUGUGCAGCUUUUAAUCCUGUCACUCAUGAAUUAAAAGUUGAACCCAUUGGCCGAAAGCUUCUUGUCAGUCGCCCUUCUUCCGACGAUUUUCACAUUCUCCACCCCACCUUUUCACAGGCACUAGCUGUGCUUUCUCAUAGCCCCGUCACCCUGGAGUGUGUGGUGAGUGGGGUCCCAGUUUCUCAAGUGCACUGGCUGAAGGACGGUCAGGACGCUGUGCCGGGAAGCAACUGGCGAAGGUUGCAUUCCCAUCUUGCCACAGACAGCAUUGACCCGGUGGACUCUGGAAACUAUUCUUGUAUAGUGGGAAACAAGUCUGGAGACGUAAAACAUGUGACUUACAUGGUUAAUGUGCUUGAAAAUGCUUCAAUUUCUAAAGGACUACAGGACCAGACAGUCUCUCUGGGUGCCACAGUACAAUUUACUUGUGAGAUUCAUGGGAACCCAACUCCAAACCGUACCUGGUUUCAUAACGCACAACCUGUUCAUCCUUCCCCACGACAUCUAACUGUAGGAAACAGACUGAAAAUCAGUGGUGUUACCAUGGAAGAUUCUGGGCUGUAUCAGUGUGUAGCAGAUAAUGGGAUUGGAUUCAUACAGUCUACUGGGAGACUUGAAAUUGAAAAAGGCAGUGGACUCAAGCCAGUUAUAAUUACAGCACCAGCAAGUACAAAGGUGGUAGAUGGAGACUUUGUUACUCUGUCCUGCAAUGCCACUGGCGUGCCAGUCCCAGUCAUGCGUUGGUAUGACAGGCACGGGUUGAUAACCAGCCAUCCGUCUCAAGUGCUCAGAUCAAAAUCCCGGAAAUCACACUUACGACCUGGGGGCUAUGACCUGGAGCCUGUCUACUUCAUCAUGUCCCGAGCUGGCUCAAGCUCUCUGUACAUUCAGGCCAUCACUCAGGAGCAUGCUGGGAAAUACAUCUGCGAAGCCGCAAAUGAACAUGGUGCCACACAGUCGGAGGCAGUCCUCACAGUUGUUCCUUUUGAAACAAAUACAAAAGCAGAAACAGUUACACCUUCCAAUCCCACUCAGAAUGAUAAAAGAGAUGGUUCAGAAGCUGGAUUAUUGAGCUCAUUUCCAGGGAAGAAACACUCCAGCGCAGUGGAAUCAUCGCCAGAGAAAAACACUAGUGGUGCCUCUGUCCCUGAUGCCCCCAUCAUUCUGAGCCCUCCGCAGACCUACACAUCUGAUACGUACAACCUGGUCUGGAGGGCGGGGAAGGAUGGCGGGCUGCCCAUCAAUGCCUAUUUUGUGAAGUAUCGAAAGCUAGAUGACGGCGUUGGCCUGGUGGGAAGCUGGCACACAGUUCGAGUCCCGGGAAGUGAGAAUGAGCUCCAUCUGACAGAACUGGAGCCAUCUAGUCUCUAUGAAGUUUUGAUGGUGGCAAGGAGCGCAGCAGGUGAAGGGCAGCCCGCCAUGCUUACCUUCCGAACCAGCAAAGAGAAAACAACCUCCUCAAAAAACACCCAGGCGUCCUCUCCACCCAUGGGCAUCCCUAGGCGUCCUGUUGUUUCAGAGGCUGCGGACAACUUUGGGGUGGUACUUACAGAUUCCUCUAGGCAUAGUGGAGUUCCAGAAGCACCUGAUCGGCCUACCAUCUCUAUGGCAUCAGAGACGUCCGUCUAUGUCACUUGGAUUCCUCGGGCCAAUGGGGGUUCUCCAAUCACUGCCUUCAAGGUCGAGUACAAACGGAUGAGGACUAGUGAUUGGCUGGUGGCAGCUGAAGAUAUCCCUCCUUCCAAACUUUCUGUGGAAGUUCGUAGCUUAGAGCCAGGUUCAACAUACAAAUUUAGGGUUAUUGCCAUCAACCAUUAUGGUGAGAGUUUUCGGAGUUCGGCAUCUCGUCCUUAUCAGGUGGCUGGGUUCCCCAAUCGUUUCUCUAACCGUCCAAUAACUGGACCCCACAUUGCUUACACUGAAGCUGUCAGUGAUACGCAGAUCAUGCUGAAGUGGACGUACAUUCCAUCAAGUAACAAUAAUACUCCCAUUCAAGGAUUUUAUAUCUACUACCGGCCAACAGAUAGUGACAAUGACAGUGAUUACAAGAGGGAUGUUGUAGAAGGUUCAAAGCAGUGGCACAUGAUUGGCCAUCUGCAGCCAGAAACCUCCUACGAUAUUAAAAUGCAGUGCUUCAACGAAGGGGGAGAAAGCGAGUUUAGUAACGUGAUGAUCUGUGAAACUAAAGUGAAACGUGUUCCUGGAGCUUCUGAGUAUCCUGUCAAAGACUUGAGUACCCCUCCAAAUUCCCCAGGAGGUGGACGAAACGUUGGGCCUGCAACCAGCCCCACCAGAAGCAGCGAUAUGUUGUAUCUGAUAGUUGGCUGCGUGCUGGGUGUCAUGGUCCUCAUUCUCAUGGCUUUCAUCGCAAUGUGCCUGUGGAAGAACCGCCAGCAAAGCACCAUACAGAAAUAUGACCCUCCAGGAUAUCUCUACCAAGGGUCAGAUAUUAAUGGGCAGAUGGUGGAAUACACUACUCUGCCUGGCACAAAUCGGAUAAAUGGGAAUGUUCAUGGAAGCUUCAUAAGUAAUGGAGGUCUCAGCAAUGGCUGCUCCCAUGUUCACCAUAAGAUCUCUAAUGGAGUCAAUGGAGUCAUGAAUGGGAACUUAAAUGGAGGGCUUUACGCGGGACACACAAGCUCACUAACCAGGACGCAUGUGGAUUUUGAACAUCCUCGUCACCUAGUAAAUGGUGGUGGGAGGUACACAGCAGUACCUCAGUCGGACCCGCUGGAGCGCGUUAGCUGUCGAAAUUGUCGGAACAACAAUAGGUGUUUCACCAAAACCAGCAGCACUUUCAGCAGCAACCCCCUUCCUGUGGUCCCAGUGGUAGCACCUUAUCCUCACGAUGGCUUGGAAAUGAAGCCCCUCAGUCACAUGAAGGUGCCCGUAUGUCUGGCUUCCACAGCCCCCGACUGUAGCCAGUCACCUGAGGAGAGCUUCAAAGAUGACACGGCACCAAGACCUGCUCAGCAUACUUGCUGUCAGGACAAUAGAAAUGACAUCGACAUUGAGUGCACAGAAGAUACAGCAGAGUUCAGCAGAGGAGACAGCUGUGUCCAUUCAGAAACAGAGAACAAAAUUUUAAGUUGGAAUCCUCUUACUUUGCCACAUGGGUCGAAGGACUGUACUGAAAAGACAGCGUGGUCUCCUCCCGGCAUUCCUCUAGACAGCCCUUCAGGGGUCCUUCAGCAACCCCAAGAAACCUGA